AUGGCUGAACAAAGAACACUAAGGCAGCUUGCUGCUCCUGAUGUCAAUUACAAUGGUCUAUGCAUCCAAUAUACUGACGUUGAUAUUCCUUUUGAAUUGAAAUCUGGUUUGAUACACUUGUUGCCCAAGUUUCAUGGUCUUGCAGGUGAGGAUCCGCAUAAGCAUUUGAAGGAAUUUCAAGUUGUUUGUUCUACACCAUUGAGGCCUGAAGGUAUAACUGAAGAUCACAUCAAGCUCAGAGCUUUUCCAUUCUCGCUCCAGGGUGCUGCCAAAGAUUGGUUGUACUAUCUUGAGCCGAAUUCUAUCACAACUUGGAAUGAUUUGAAGAAGGUCUUUCUAGAGAGAUACUUUCCCGCUUCUAGAGCUGCGUCAAUCAGAAAAGAAAUAUGCGGCAUUAGGCAGGGAAACGAAUCAUUGGCAGAAUACUGGGAAAGAUUCAAGCAGCUAGUUUCUAGUUGUCCUCAACACCAGAUCACCGAGCAAUUACUCAUCCAGUAUUUCUAUGAGGGGUUGCUACCAAUGGAUAGAAACAUUUUGGAUGCUGCUAGUGGUGGAGCACUUGUUGAUAAAACUCCAGCUGCUGCAAAGGCCUUGAUCGAGAACAUGUCACUCAACUCGCAACAGUUUACAACUAGAAAUAAUUCUGCAAGUGUGAAUGAGGUUCAGUCUUCCUCUCCUUCCAUCAAGGCGCUCGAAACCAAGUGUGAUGCUAGAAUUGAUGAACUUACUUCCUUGGUGAAACAGUUGGCAGUUAAUAGACCUCAAAUAGCUAAAGUGUGCGGCAUUUGUACUUCUACUGAACAUCCAACCGACACAUGUCCUAUUCUGCAGGAUGAAACAAUAACUGAGCUACCUCAAGCAUAUGCAGCAGCAGCAGCCCUUUACAAUCAGAACAGGUACAACAAUCCUGACCUCUCCACCAACCAGUAUCAUCCUAGUUGGAGGAAUCAUCAAAACCUCAGAUACGGUAAUCAGUCACAGGCUGCAGCCCCCUCUGCCCCACCAGCCAUCCCUUCACCUUCAUUGGAGGACCUUGUCAAGCAAAUGGCUACAAGUAACAUACAGUACCAACAACGAACAGAUGUUAGCAUUCAGAACUUGACAACUCAGAUGGGGCACAUGACAACACAGAUGGGACAAAUGGCUAAUGCAAUAGGCCAAUUACAAGCUCAGGGCUCUGGUAACCUUCCUGCACAAACAGUGCCGAAUCCGAAUGUGAAUGUGAGUGCAAUUACUUUGCGAUCUGGAAGAGUGUCAGAACCAGCACCAGAGAAAAAGAAGAAGAAAACCGUUGCAUCAUCAUCUGCUCCUGAACCUCCUUCUGUUACAACUGAGACCGAACCCGAAAAAGAAAGAGUAUAUGUGCCACCAAUUCCUUUUCCUCAAAGGGUGCAGAAAAAUAUCAAGAAGACAGUUGAGGAAGACAAGGAGAUUUUAGAUGUAUUCAGAAAAUGUGCGGUUAACAUUCCUCUCCUUGAUGCAAUUAAACAGAUUCCUAAAUAUGCAAAAUUCCUGAAAGACUUGUGCACACACAAGAGGAAGUUGAAGGGAAAUGAGAGAGUCAGGUUGGGACGAAAUGUUUCUGCUUUCAUUCAGCCCAAAACUGGUUCCUCAGCUAAUGUCUCAGUUCUCAGUCAAACCAUGCCAGAAAAGUGUGAUGAUCCAGGAGUUUUUGCUAUUCCCUGUUCCAUUGGGGAUCACAAGUUUGAAAAUUGUAUGCUUGAUCUGGGAGCAGGUAUUAAUGUUAUGCCUAGUUCUAUUUAUAAUAACCUUGAUCUUGGUCCUUUGCAGCCUACAGGUUUAAUCGUACAAUUAGCAAACAGGAGCAAUGCCCGCCCUGCUGGGAAGGUAGAAGAUGUCCUGGUGCAAGUUAAUGACUUGAUUCUUCCUGCAGAUUUCUACAUUCUAGACAUGGAGGGAGAAACUAAUUCCAGCAGGGCACCCAUCAUUCUAGGCCGACCAUUCAUGAGAACGGCAAGAACAAAAGUUGAUGUUUAUGAUGGAACCAUGUCCAUGGAGUUUGGCGACAUUGUCGCUAAGUUUAACAUUUUUGAUGCCAUGAAACAUCCCGUGGAAGAACAUUCUAUUUUUUAUAUGGAUUUAGUUACUAACACUAACCUUUGCUCUAUUUGUGCUAAGAUUGAAUCUGAUUUGCAGGAUAAUAACAUUCAUACAGGUGAAGUUGUUGUCAAUGAGGCAGUCUGUACGGUUAAAGUUCUUGACAUUCCGGCUGCCCCAACCAAACACUCCCAUGAUAAAGAAAAGACUACGCACUUCCAUGAUAAGAUGAUUUCCAAAAAGAAAUUUUCUGUUGGCCAAAAAGUCUUGCUGUUUAAGUCUCGCCUGAAAGAUAUGGUUGGUAAGUUUCGAUCCAAGUGGAUUGGCCCCUUUGUCGUGACUAAUGUUUUUCCUUCUGGUGCUAUAGAAAUUAAAAGUACAGGUACUGGCAAGGUUUUCAAAGCAAAAGGACAGCGGUUGAAGCUGCUCCAUAAAAGUGUGGAAGGGCUUCCACCAAAACCACCAGACAUAGAAGCACCAGCACCAGCCGCUACACCUGUACAGCUUCUUAAUCUCUUUGUAAUACCACCAGUUAAUUUUUCAGCAGUCUUGGUGGUGACAUAG